CAGAAUGACUUCCAUUUUGACUUGCACUUUUAAAAAUCUUCCCAGUACAUCAAAAUGGGCCCUCAGAUUUUCUGUAAGAUCUUUGAGCUGUUCUGCCCAGCUACAAACUGCUCAAGCCACCCAGACCAAGACAAAAAAGACCUUAGCCAAGCCCAACAUAAAGAAUAUUGUGGUGGUUGAUGGCGUUCGCAUUCCAUUUUUGCUGUCAGGCACUUCAUAUAAAGACCUGAUGCCCCAUGAUUUGGCUAGAGCAGCACUUACGGGCUUGUUGCAGCGGACCAAUGUCCCAAAGGAAGUUAUUGAUUAUCUCAUCUUUGGCACAGUUAUUCAGGAAGUGAAAACAAGCAAUGUUGCAAGAGAGGCUGCCCUGGGCGCGGGUUUCUCUGACAAGACUCCUGCUCACACUGUCACCAUGGCUUGCAUCUCUUCCAAUCAAGCCAUGACCACAGGUGUUGGCUUGAUUGCUUCUGGCCAGUGUGAUGUAGUUGUGGCAGGUGGUGUAGAGCUGAUGUCUGACGUCCCUAUUCGUCAUUCAAGGAAAAUGAGAAAAAUGAUGCUUGAUCUCAAUAAGGCAAAGACUAUGGGUCAGCGACUGUCAUUGAUCUCUAAAUUCAGAUUGAAUUUCUUAGCGCCUGAGCUCCCUGCAGUGGCUGAGUUCUCCACCAGUGAGACCAUGGGCCACUCUGCAGACCGACUGGCCGCUGCCUUUGCUGUUUCUCGAACGGAGCAGGAUGAAUACGCACUGCGUUCUCACAGUCUAGCCAAAAAGGCACAGGAUGAAGGCCUCCUUUCUGACAUUGUACCCUUCAAAGUACCAGGAAAAGAUACAGUUACCCAAGAUAAUGGUAUCCGUCCUUCCUCCCUGGAGCAGAUGGCCAAGCUGAAGCCUGCUUUCAUCAAGCCUUAUGGCACAGUGACGGCUGCAAAUUCUUCUUUCCUGACUGAUGGCGCAUCUGCGAUGCUGAUUAUGGCAGAGGAAAAAGCUCUAGCCAUGGGCUACAAACCAAAGGCUUAUUUGAGGGAUUUUGUAUAUGUAUCUCAGGAUCCAAAAGAUCAGCUUUUACUUGGACCAACAUAUGCAACUCCAAAAGUUCUAGAAAAGGCAGGGUUGACAAUGAAUGAUAUUGAUGCUUUUGAAUUUCAUGAAGCUUUCUCAGGCCAGAUUUUGGCUAACUUUAAAGCCAUGGAUUCUGAUUGGUUUGCACAAAACUGCAUGGGUAGAAAAACCAAGGUUGGAAAGCCUCCUUUGGAAAAGUUUAACACCUGGGGUGGAUCUCUGUCCCUGGGACAUCCGUUUGGAGCCACUGGCUGCAGACUGGUCAUAACAGCUGCCAACAGAUUACGGCGGGACGGAGGCCAGUAUGGCUUGGUGGCUGCCUGUGCAGCUGGAGGCCAGGGUCAUGCUAUGAUAGUUGAAGCUUAUCCAAAAUAAGAGAUGAAGACCAGGUGACCUGACGUUUCUGUGAGCCACUCCCACUAAGCAAUGCCAUUUCAAUGCAUUACUAAAUGACAUCUAUAGUUCUAGUUCCUCUUAGGAAAGCAAACUUUGUGGCCUUCUGUUCACAGUUCAGUGUUGGCAGUGUUCUGAGCUUUUCAUUAAUCUGGCUUAUUGCUCUUCAGGGAUUUCUUAGUCACCAAAAUCUCACACAGUGACAUGUUUCAACAAUUGUGGGUUUUUUUUGUCUCUGUUGUCAUGAAACACCUAAGUUUGUGACUGCAGUUUAGGUAAACUAUUAACUAAAAUUUGCAAAUUAUUCUCGCUCCUAAAGUUUUAUGUCCUAAAGUUAAAUGUUUUCCAUAAAAUACAAACCAAUGUGCCUCAAAUAAUAAUGGAAUGAUAAUUCAGAAUCUAAACCACACUGUAAACUAACAGUAAAUGUUUAGAUGCAUAAAUAUCAUCUUGGCUGACCUUAAUAAAGUAGAGAAGUAUU